CCGCAAGAACCUUGACCCGAAAGAAACGAGUGCUUUUCGUUACAAACCUCACUUCGGCAAACGGAGCGUCACCCUCGUCGUCCACCAUAGCCAUCAGCCUCUCCCCCUCCACGUCGAAAUCGAUAAAGUCAAUUGAUCCGAUCAAUUGACCGUUUGCGCCGUGCGACCCUUUCGAUUCUUCGAUUCCCCCAGUCAUCAUGAGCUUCGUCCCCCGCCGCGGUCUCUCGACCCUCAUUCCCCCCAAGGUCGCCUCACCCAAGGCCCUUGGUGCGGACCCCAACGCCGUUCGCAUGCAGCGCGUUGUCAACUUCUACGAGAAGCUCCCCCGUGGUGCCGCCCCCGAGGCUAAGCCCACUGGCAUCCUCGGCCGUUACGCCGCCAAGCACUUCAGCGGCAAGAACGCCUCUGCGAAGCCCAUCAUUCACGCCCUUGGCCUCCUCCUCGUCAUCGGCUACGCUCAGAACUACUACUUCCACCUCCGCCACCACAAGAACAAUGCUCACUAAGCGACUCCCAUCUGGUUGUAGUCCAGCCUCUGGCUGUGUAAUGGCAUUGGGACCGUGUAUAUAAGAAUUAGAACCUAUUCUCCAGGAGGAGGCUCCUCGGCAAAUUUCCUUUUCGUGUCCAGCGUUUAUUCCUCAAGUGUGAAUGGACAGAAAGAAAAGCGCAAUCUGAAAGAAAACAAAAGGGAUAGCCUGGGGUGUUCUCGUUCUCGGUCUUUGUAGGGCCGCUGACAAGUCGAGCCGAGAGUUUGUUUCAGCUAGUCAAAGAUUAACUGAGUGAUAUUGCGUAAUGCUCAUCCAGCUCGAACUUGCUGGAAACGCGAUAUGAUGUCAGGUAUUCAGUGAAAAUGAUGCCAGUAUGGAGAGCAGUGAUGUAUAAGGGGCCACCAAAGAGUUUGGCUUGCUAGGUGGUGUCUACAGCUGUCUAGUAUCUCAUGGUCGGCCUGAAAACAUCAAGAAUAUCACUGGUUUUCUACCUUCACAGUCAUUAAAGCAGCUGC